AUGGGUAGAAAACAAAAAACAACAAAUCAAAUUCUUACGUCAAAUCUAAUUCCGACAAAAACACAAAAAAUAGCUCGUGUUUUAGGUGGUCGUGGUAAAAAUCUUCACGAAGUCCAAUAUUGUGAUGGUACCAUUACCUUGUGCAUCUUACCACCGAAAUUUCGAAGCCUAGUUUGGGUGAAGCGUGGAAGUUAUGUUAUUAUAGAACCUUCAGAAUCCGAUAAAAUUAAGAUAGGUGGAGAAAUUGUCCAUGUAUUGUUUCCAGAACACGUAAAACAUUUAAAGUCAGAAGGCAUAUGGCCUAAAGAAUUUGAAAGUCAAGAGAAAAUUCCCGAUCAAACAAGGUCUUCCGGGAAUGAUUCAGAUGACCAAAUUUUCGUGAAUACAAAUCGUAUAAAAGAUGUACAAGACGAUGAUGAUAAUUCUUCAAGUGACCUUGAAGAAUGA